UUGUAUAGGUUAUGUUGCAAAACAGCUGAUAAUGUGAAGUACAAUAUGAUUCAAAUUCAAUUGAAAAUUUUGGUUAGAUUUAGAUCUACCUUUGUUUAUUCUUGUUCCACGAAUAUUUUUCUUUGAUUAUAAACUAUGUUAUUUUAUUUUCUACAUACCAUACGUUAAUUCUUAAAGUUUUGCCAUUGAUUAAAAUUAUAUUUUGUACAUUUUAUUUGUUGAUACCAAAAUGAGAUUAAUUAAAAAAUUAAACAAGCCACUACAAAAUAACACUACCAAAUCGGUUAUAAACUCAUAUAAUAGCUCUGUUCAUAGAAGAAACUAUUGUGGUAAACUUUUUCAUAAUAAAAACUCAAAUAUCAGAUAUUCAGCGUUAGGUUUACAAACUUCAAAGUGCUUUAAUUAUAAUAGGUGUUUACUGGAUGUUACCUCAUCUUUUACCAGGUUACCACAUGAAGAUUUUCAAAAAGCUUCGGUUCAUACGUGGUUUCAAAAAUAUUCAUCUAUAUUUAUGACUAUAUCAGAGAGUACACCAGUUAUAACUACUCAGCAAUUGUUGACUUACGUCCAUGAUACGUCAGGCCUGCCUUGGUGGGCGACAAUCGCAACAACAACGUUUUUCUUCAGAGGAGCUGUAACUGCACCAUUGGCUCUUUAUCAGCACUACAUUACAGCGAAGGUGGAAAAUCUUAAGCCGGAAUUGAUGGAAAUAUCCGUGCAGUUGAAAAAUGAGAUUGAUCAUUUUGGUUUAAGAUCAAACUGGUCGAAAAAGAAAGCUAUGAGGGUUUACUCAGUGAAGAUGCGCCAAGAAUGGAGGAAACUCAUCGAAAGAGAAAACUGUCAUCCUGCCAAAGGAGCUAUUGUAAUUAUUUUUCAAUUACCAGGAUGGUUGUUCUUAUCCAUGUCCAUUCGAAACUUAGUUACCAUGCGGCCUUUUCAUGACAAUGCUGCUGUUACCACCUUUAAUCAAUUGGAAAAUGAAGGUCUUUUGUGGAUUUCAAAUCUUACUUUACCGGACUCUACUCUUAUUGUACCUACUCUGAUCACCUUGUGCAGCCUUAGCAUUGUUGAAUUACAUGUACUUAAUCAAACGAAAGAGCCAACACGUUUUCAGAAAUAUACAACUAUAUUUUUCCGUUGUUUCGCAUUACUGACGUUUCCGUUAUCAGCGUUAGUUCCUAGCUGUUUGAGUUUCUACUGGCUGUGUUCUACUGCAGUUGGACUAGGUCAAAAUAUUGCACUGAUGUCUCCGAGAAUAAAAUCGUUGGCGGGAAUUCCUAAAACAAGUACAGCUCUUAGCAAUCCCUAUAGGCAUGCUUUUGAUCAAUUGCAACUGCGUUUACAGAGGCUCAAGAUUGGCAAAUUAUAGGUAUAUCUUCUACGAGUAAAGUUCAGAUUUAUAUAGUGUUGAGUGAAAAUAAAGACAUCUCCAGAGAGUUGGAAAAUGUUGGUUUAUACCUAGAUUAUUUUUAAAACUACUGCUGUGUGUGAUUCAAGAAAAAAUCUAUUUCAAACCAAGCCUUAAGUAGUAUAUUUCUGUAAUAAAGAUCAAUACAAAAUUUGAAGAAACAAUCUCAGCUUUUCUUCGCCAUUUAGUUGCACUUCGUUUCUGUAGUAUUCUUCAGUAGAUUCUUCGGUACUUGAGAAUUGCAUCAAUGUAUUUAUGACAAAAAUUCGACGAGUAUUUGUAGGUUAAAGUUUGUGAUAAUCUUGUAAGCCUGAAUUAUUUUAUGAUUUUUUUGAAAAAUACAUAAUUUUAAUCUGGAUUUUUUGGACGCAACCAAAGGACGACAAAGCGAGUUGAGAGUUUUACUCUGCAGAGUGAGUUACAGUAAAGCGCUACUACACUUCCGCAUGUUCAGACAUCAUUCAGAAAAAAUAAAUUAGCGGCUGUGUGAGUAACUAAAGACUUUCGGACAGUUUGUAGAUUAUAUUGAGGUAUGCUCCUUACUCAGGAACUCCCCAGAAUAUAAGUAGGGAGUUCGGAAACAGCCUGUAUAUUGUCAAAUACUUGGACUCAUUCAGGUAGCGAUCAGCCUUAUAGUAAUUUCAACAUCAAAAGUUACUCGAAUUUCCAAAUAAAAACCUUAUACUAGUCUGCUUGAGUAAGAAAUUUUUUAUGCUAAUCUGCUAAACGUUUUUUCUAGAUUCUUUUACUGUAUUCGUCUGUUAUUAUGUUUGUUGCAAACUUUUCAUCGUAGUUCUGUACGAUAAUAAUUUGUUAUUGAAUGUGAAUAAUAGUGAAACCAUUAAACGGAUUCAUCAACUUGA